CCAAUAAGACUACUAUGUAAACAGGCGUGCUCACAUGAAACGAAUCAAGGGCCACAGCAUGGUUUAGAUCCCGCCUACUAAUGAACUGCGUGUGUGUCAAGGAGUGCAUUGAAUCCUGUUUACCACAGUUCCACCUGGGGGGUCUGUCAAAUUAUUGUGGUAGUAACAAAAAGUAUUUCGAACAUGGCUGCCACUGCAAUGAGAUCAAUGUUGAAGAAAAGGGUUCCCCUCGGAGUUGCCCAUCAGUGCUACUACUCUUCAGUGCCCACCACCAAGCUGUUCAUUGAUGGGAAAUUUGUAGAAUCCACAACGUCAGAAUGGCUCGAUAUUCACAAUCCUGCGACCAACGAGGUGAUUUCCCGCGUCCCCAAAGCCACCCAGGAGGAGAUGCUGGCCGCGGUGGACUCCUGCUCCAGGGCCUUCCGCCCCUGGUCAGAGACCUCCAUCUUGGCGCGGCAGCAGGUCUUUCUGCGCUAUCAGCAGCUUAUCAAGGACAAUAUUAAAGAGCUGGCCAAGUCGAUAACAUUGGAACAGGGAAAGACCCUGGCUGAUGCAGAGGGCGAUGUGUUCAGAGGAUUGCAGGUGGUGGAGCACACAUGCAGCAUCACCUCCCUGAUGCUGGGCGAGACGCUACCCUCGCUCACCAAGGACAUGGACACGUACACCUUCCGCCUGCCCAUCGGCGUGUGCGCCGGCAUCGCCCCCUUCAACUUCCCCGCCAUGAUCCCGCUGUGGAUGUUCCCGGUGGGGCUGGUGUGCGGCAACACCUACCUGCUGAAGCCCUCGGAGCGCGUGCCCGGCUGCGCCAUGCUCCUCGCCAAGCUGCUGCAGGACGCCGGCGCCCCCGACGGCACGCUGAACAUCAUCCACGGCCAGCACGACGCUGUAAACUUCAUUUGUGAUGAUCCUGCCAUCAAGGCAAUCAGCUUUGUGGGCUCAAACCAAGCAGGAGAAUACAUAUAUGAAAGAGGAUCAAGAAAUGGAAAGAGGGUUCAGUCUAACAUGGGAGCCAAGAAUCAUGGCGUGGUGAUGCCCGACGCCAACAAGGAGAACACCCUCAAUCAGCUUGUGGGCGCCGCCUUCGGGGCGGCCGGGCAGCGCUGCAUGGCCCUCUCCACCGCCAUUUUGGUGGGCGAGGCGCGGAGCUGGCUGCCGGAGCUGGUGGAGCGAUCCAAGGCGCUGCGCGUCAACGCAGGAGACCAGCCCGGUGCAGACGUGGGGCCGCUGAUCUCCCCCCAGGCUAAGGAGAGGGUGAACGGUCUGAUCCAGAGCGGCCUGGACGAGGGCGCCUCUCUGCUGCUGGACGGCAGGAACGUCCACGUCAAGGGUUACGAGAACGGCAACUUUGUGGGACCUACAAUCAUCGGCAAUGUUACGCCCCAGAUGAAGUGCUACACAGAGGAGAUCUUCGGGCCCGUGCUGGUCGUGCUGGAGGUGGAGACCCUGGACGACGCCAUCAGCAUGGUGAACAACAACCCCUACGGCAACGGCACCGCCAUCUUCACCACCAACGGUGCUACAGCGCGCAAAUACACUCACGAGGUGGACGUCGGCCAGGUUGGAGUGAAUGUUCCCAUCCCGGUUCCGCUGCCAAUGUUUUCGUUCACUGGGUCAAGAGGAUCUUUCCGAGGGGACACUAACUUCUAUGGAAAACAAGGAAUUCAAUUCUACACACAAAUCAAGACCGUCACCUCGCAGUGGAAGGCUGAAGACGCCACACUAAAGAGUCCUGCAGUUACCAUGCCAACCAUGGGGCGAUAAAUGGCUAGCAGCGAGCCUGUCUGGUGUCUUGUGAAUUCAAAUGUGAAAAUUACUAAUAAUUCCCUUAUCUCACACGUUAGAAAACGUAAAAAAUGUGUGCCGAAGACACAAUAUUAAAGCAUUUCCCCUUAAUGAUGAUAUUCAGAAAAAACUUUUAAUAUAUUUAUAAUUAUUUCCCUUCUGUGAAGAUUUUCUACUGAUUGUCGUAUGUGUGUUCCCCGUCUUGUCUACAAAAUAUACUAAUAACAUCGGAAUCAGAAUGAAAACCAUGCCUAAAGUGAAUGAACAAAGGUGGAUAGAAGUGGAUUUCAUAAAAUGUUGACCAAUGUUUGUUUGGGAAAAUAAACAUCCCUGUCCUAA